AUGGCCUCCCUAACAGCAUCCCUCCUCGCCUCCUCCCCGGACGCCUUCACCGCAGCCACGACGGGCCCGUUCCUCAGCUCCGCCGCCGCCGGCACGACGCCCCGCGAGACCCUCGGCCUCUGGCUCGCCAACGACCGCCUCUACAUCCACGCCUACAUCCGCGCGACGGGCAAGCUGCUCGCCUUCCUGCCGCUCCCCGCCCUACCGGGCCCCACCCCGGGCACCGUCUCCUCGGCCCCGCCCACGGACCCGGAGACCAAGCUCCUCGACUGGCUCGUCGCCGCCCUCGCCAACGUGCGCCGCGAGGAGGCCUUCUUCCUGGCGACGGCCGAACGCUUCGCCCUCCCCCUCGACCUGCCCGUCGAUCCCACCACCGGCACCGUCCCCGCCGCCGCCAAGCUGCCGGGCCUGCGCCGCUGGGAGGCCCUCUUCGACGCCGUCGCCCCCGGCCCCACCGGCGCCCCGCUGCCCUGGCUCGAGGCCGCCGUCGUCUUCUGGGGCACGGAGGUCUGCUACCUCGACGCCUGGACCAGGGUCCGCGACGCCGUGGCCGCGAGGGGUCCCGUUGGCCCUGACGCCGAUGCCGACGGCGGGGCGCUGCGCCGCGAGUUCAUCCCCAACUGGACCAACGACGAGUUCCGCCGCUUCGUGCACCAGCUCGGCUCCAUCAUUGACGAGGCCGUCGCUGAGCAGGUGCGCUACCAUGGUGCUGCUGUGCGGGACCAACUCUUGGAGCGCGCCCUGGGCCAGUGGCGGGAGGUUUUGCUGGCUGAGGAGUCGUUCUGGCCUGCCAUGUGA